CUGUUUACCUUCCACCGGUGAAAAGUCCAGUAAAGGUGAGCAGGACGAGACAGAAGAUCUCCGACAUGUCUGAAGUGAGCAGUAAGCUGCCUGCAGAUCCCAUCUCUGCAGUGGGAGUAGUUGCUUCACUCAGCAAGGUCCCUGAGAACUACUAUGGUGUUGCACAAACAACAGAUGGCUCUGACGCCGACCUGUGGAAGGACGGCUUAUUCAAAUCCAAGGUCACUCGCUACCUCUGUUUCACCAGAAAAACUGGGCCUGACAUUGUUGUGGACAUGAAGCUGAUCGACAUUAAGGACCCGUUGCCAGAGUCCUUCAUACCUGUGCAAGAAACAAUGGACACAAAGGAAGCUGCCAUGAGGAAGAAGAGGCUCUGUGUGAAAAUGAGCCGUCGUAAGGCAGCCGAGACAGCCAUAUAUGACAUCCAGAUUGUAUCGAAGGCCAAGUACCAUCUUGUUAACUACACCUGUGUGGGUGAGAUGAACAAUAUGGGAAUAUGGUACCGGAUGGGAAAUGUUCCUCAGAGUCAGCCGUCCCAGAAAACGCCCAACGUGGUACAAAGUGACGCCCCGUCCAGCACAACAAGCAGGAAAACCAUGAGCAGGCCAGACUGUGGGAAGCAGAGCAGUGGGAGCUACACAAUUUCAGCUCUGGAUGAUGUGCCCUUUGUGAUCUCUGACAAGUUUCAUGGACGCCCCAAAGAGAUGCAGCAAGUCAAUUUAAUGGGCAUUACGAUCAAAUCCCUGGCAGAGAUCGAGGAGGAAUUUCAGUACAACUUCAGUACAGAGUGGAGCAUUGCUCAUUAACUUCUCACACACUCCUCUCCAGCUGACAGAGCCACAACAACAGGAACAAGACAAACUGACAGAAGGAUCGUUUGUGAAAAAAUGAAGUCAUGAAAUGAAGUGAAUGUUCAGGAUACAGCAUUAAUGAUGUGUCAUUUAAUUUUAAACAGUAGAUGCAUUUUACCUUCAUGAACUCUAUUUAAAAAAUACAGUGUUUGAAAUUUUUGUGAUAAUGUACAAAUUUAAGCAUUAAAAUUUAGACAUUUUUCAAUUU